CAUAGCCACCAGCCCCACGGGGACAGGAAGGAAGAUCUGCGAGACCCAGGGCAGGAAGGGGCGCGGAGAGAACGGAAAGAGACAGAAGCCACCGGGGGAAGCCGGACUCACCCUGCCCAGGUGCUGCCCGAGCAUCGCCCCGGCCCAGGUGCCAUCAGGGGACACCAGCGGGGAGGGUGGCUGCUGCCUUCAACUGGAGCAUCGCCCAGGAGGAGAAAGCCCUGGGGAUAAGGAGCUGAGCGGGACACGGAGGGGCUGCAUCCUCCCGGGCCACGAGGAUGCCCUCGCCACUGCCCUGCUGACACAGCGACCUGGGGAAGGGGCCCGAGGCCGAGGGCCAUGGACAGGGGCUGAGGAGCCCCGGGUGGGGCUGUGAGCUGGCCAGGGGGACACGGGGUGGCCCAUGGGACACUGCUGCCACCACAGCGCUCCCAGCCCAGGGACCACCCAUGUCACAGGAGGCCUCUGAUGGAAGAACCCCUGGUGCAGAAGCACCUGGAGAGCCUCCAGAGCUCGUGUGAGAAUGGCCUGGAGACAGGAGCCCCGCAGCGCCUCACCAACCUGCUGCUGGUGGAAGGCCUGAGCGACAUCCAGCAGAAGGAGCACGACAUCCUGCAGGUGGAAACCACCAAAGGCCUGCCAAGAGCAGCCAAGAGCAUCCCCCUGGAGAAGCUGUUCCUGCCUCUCUCCAAAGUCAGCAUCCCCCCUCGGAUCUCUGUCACCGUCGGCGUGGCCGGCAUCGGCAAGAGCACUCUGGUGAAGCUGUUUGUGUGCAGCUGGGCAAAGGGGGAGAUCAGCAGGGACAUCCUGUUCGUGCUGCCCCUCACCUUCCGGGAGCUCAACACCUACGAGAAGCUCUCUGCUGAGCGCCUCCUGUGCUCCGCCUGCCCCCGCACCGCCGAGCCCGGCUCCCUCUCGGCCGGGGCCGCCCGCACCCUGCUCAUCCUCGACGGCCUGGAUGAGUUCAAGACCCCCUUGGAUUUCUCCAACGCUGCGGUUUGCACCGAUCCCAAGAAGGAGAUCCAAGUGGACAACCUGAUCACCAACAUCAUCAGGGGGAACCUGCUGCAGGAGGCCUCCGUGUGGGUCACGUCGCGGCCGGUGGCGGCCGGGCAGAUCCCCAGCGGGCUGGUGGACCGCAUGACGGAAAUCCGAGGGCUCGGGGCUGCAGAGAUGAAGGACUUCUUGGACCAGAUGUUCCCGGACAACGGAGACCUGUCUGGCCAAGUCCUGCAGCACAUCAGGGCUAACAGGUCGCUCCACGUCCUGUGCACCAUUCCUGGGUUUUGCAGGAUUUCUGGCUCCUCGAUCGCUUAUUUCCUGAAACACGGCGGCGAUCGAUCCCGAGAAGCGACCGUGGUCCCCAGGACCCUGUCAGAAAUCUACUCCUAUUAUUUUAAAAUGGCUCUGAGCGGUGACUGGCUGGAAAAGCCGAGAGAAGCCCUCAGGAUCGAGCAGGCUGUGAACACCAGCAAGAAGCUGGUGGGCAGCCUGGGCAGGCUGGCCUUCUACGGGCUGCUGCGCAGGAAGCACGUGUUCUACGAGCAGGACAUGAAGGCCCACGGCAUCGACCUCUCCCUGCUGCACAGCUGCCUCUCCACCCGCCUCCUGCUCAAGGAGGACAUGCCGGCCUCCACAGCCUACUACUUCUCCCACCUAACCAUCCAGGAGUUCCUGGCAGCUCUCUAUUACUACACGGCGGCCAAGCGGGCCAUCUUUGACCUCUUCGCGGAGAGCGGCAUGUCCUGGCCCAAGCUGGGCUUCCUCAGCCACUUCAGGAGCGCCGUGCAGAGGGCGCUGCAGGCUGAGCACGGCCAGCUGGACAUCUUCAUCCGCUUCCUCUCGGGCCUGCUGUCCCCACGGGUGAACCGCCUGCUCUCGGGGUGGCUGCUGCUGAAGGGCGAGCACGGCGCCUUCCGGGAGCAGGCCGUGGGCGCCCUGCGGGGCUGCCUGGGCGCCGAGCACGCCGUGACCUGGCGCGCCGUCAACGCCAUGCGCUGCCUGCACGAGCUGCAGCACGCCGACACCGCCCAGGCCGUGGAGGAGGCCAUGAGGAGCGGCAGCCUGGCCGGGAUGCUCACCCCCGUGAACUGCUCGGCCCUGGCUUAUCUCCUGCAGGUGUCUGACGUGUGCCUGGAGGAGACGAACCUCUCCAACUGCCUCACCUACAACGUGUGUAAGAGCCUGCUCUCCCAGCUCCUCUUCUGCCACAGCCUCAGGCUGGACAAUAACCAGUUUAAGGACGAUGUGAUGGAGCUGCUGGGCAGUGUGCUGAGUGGGAAGGACUGCCAGAUCCAGAGGCUCAGCUUGGCAGAAAAUCAGAUCAGCAACAAGGGAGCCAAAGCUCUGGCCAGGUCGCUGCUGGUGAACAGGAGCCUGAUGGUGCUGGACCUGCGGAGCAACUCCAUCGGCCCCACUGGAGCCAAAGCCUUGGCUGAUGCCCUGAAAAAAAACCAAAUCCUGCUCUCCCUGAACCUCCAGCACAACUCCAUCAAGGAGGACGGGGCCGCCUUCCUGGCCGAGGCCCUGCUGACCAACCACGGGCUGCUGACCCUGCACCUGCAGAAGAACGCCGUGGGAGCCCAGGGCGCCCGGAAAAUCGCGGAGGCGCUGAAGCAGAACCGCAGCCUGAGGGAGCUGAUGCUCUCAAGCAACUCGGUGGGAGACAGUGGCUCCAUUGCCUUGGCUGAAGCUCUGAGGGUGAACCACAGCCUGCAAAGCCUCGAUCUCCAGAGCAACUCCAUCAGCAGUGCAGGGGUCACGGCGCUGACAGCAGCUCUCUGCUCCAACCAGGGACUCCUCAGCCUCAACCUCAGGGAGAACUCCAUCAGCAGGGAGGGGGGCCCUGCCAUCGCCCGUGCCCUGCGCAGCAACAGCACCCUCAGGAAGCUGGACCUGGCGGCCAACCUGCUGCAUGACGACGGGGGCCAGGCCAUCGCCUUGGCCAUCAGGGAGAACCGAGCACUCAGCUCCCUCCACUUGCAGUGGAACUUCAUCCAGGUCAAAACAGCCACGGCCCUGGCACAAGCACUACAGUCCAACAGCAGCCUGGCCAGCCUCGACCUGCAGGAGAACGCCAUCGGAGACGAGGGGAUGGCCGCGCUCUCCGCUGCACUGAAGGUCAACACCACCCUGGCAGAUCUCCACCUGCAAGUGGCUUCAGUUGGCGCGGCCGGUGCCCAAGCCCUGGCAGAAGCCUUGAUGGUCAACAAGAGCCUGCAGAUCCUGGACCUGCGGGGAAACUCCCUGGGCCCGGCGGGGGCCAAGGCCGUGGCCAAGGCGCUCAAGGUGAACCGCAGCCUUCGCUGGCUCAACCUGCAGGAAAACUCCCUGGGCAUGGACGGCGCCAUCUGCAUCGCCACGGCCCUGCAGGGCAACCACGGCCUCACCUACGUCAACCUGCAGGGGAACCUCAUCGGGCACUCGGGAGCCAGGCUGAUCGCGGACGCCAUCCGCACCAACGCGCCCGACUGCGUCGUGGACGUGUGAGGGGACCUGGGACCUGGGGUCCCCCUGGCCUGGGUGACUGCAGGGAGCUCCUUGGUGCCCAUCUCAGGGGUGAGAACUGGAGCAAGGACAGCUCCUGAGCUCCUGGCACGGCCCGGGAGGACCGAGGGCGUCGGAGCAGGAGCGCAGGAGGGUCAAGGCACGCAUUGAAAGCUGAAGGGUGUGUGUGCCCAUGUCUGUGUUCAUCCAGGCCCUGGGGGAGCUUCAGGGAAUGGGGGAAAUGCAGAAAGGAGUGAGGAGGGGCAGAUGCCACAGCCAGACCUUGUUUUUGUGGGGGAUUUAUCUGCUGGUGGCAGCAACUCCUCCUGUGCUUUGUCACCCCUGGCUAAAACCAGCCCAGUCCCGCAGGCUGCCCUGAAAUCCCAGCUGGACACAGAUGUGCUGCUGCCUUGCUCAGAUGGGAGUGAUGCUGUGGACCUGGCACCUCCAGCAGGUCCUGGCUGGUGCUGUGCCCUCAGUAACAGGCUGGUGCUGGCCAGACACACCUGGAGUGUUUGGCAGAGCUGUUCUCUAACAAGAGAGAGGUAACCAAAGGCACAGGAGUGGAACCAUCUAGAAAGACCUUGGAAAAUAAAGAGUCCUCAGGAAAAUGGAGGUGUAAGAAGGGGAAUGUAAGAGGAACUGCACUGCCUGAGGGUGGGAUGUCUCCAGUACAUCUUGGUGCUACACCAGGAUCUGCCUCAGCUCAAACUUCUGCCUCUCAGCUUCAGGCUGGAGCUCCUGGAUCUCCUGCUGCUGUCACGGUGUUCUGUGACCUUGGAUACAUCUUCCCAAUGUCCCAGCUGCAGGGUCUGUCCCCAGCAGGUCACUUUUUGACUAGGAGAGCAAAGGUGCUGCCUCUGUGUGUGUGGCAGGGACCCAGUGACUCCCCAGAGGUGCCAGGUUUGCAGGUGACCCAGCAGCCAAACUGUGAACCCUCAGAGCCCCCUGAAGCCACUGUCCCCUGUCCCCAGCCUGGCCAGGACAGGCUGCCACCCUCAGGGCAGCCAGUGGCUGCUGCAGGGACCUGGGGGCUGAUCCACAGACACUGGGCUGAGCUCUGGAGAUGUAAAUGCUUGGGAAUAAAUUCGUUCCUGGAUGAGAA